AUGGCGGGCGAAAAAGCCGAGAAGCCAGCGGCGAAGGCAGCUGCGAAGCCAGCUGCGAAGGAGAAGAAACCCCAAGCCAAGAAGGCUGUUGCUGGUGGCAAGGUCAAGAAGGGUAACCCUAAGGCUAAAACGCCGAAGAAGGGGAAGCCGCACUGCAGCCGAAACCCAGUCCUAGUGAGAGGAAUUGGCAGGUACUCCCGAUCUGCUAUGUAUUCAAGGAAGGCCAUGUACAAGAGGAAGUAUUCAGCAGCUAAAUCGAGGACCGAAAAGAAAAAGAAGGAGAAGGUUCUUGCUACGGUCACAAAACCAGUCGGUGGUGACAAGAAUGGUGGUACCCGAGUGGUUAAACUCCGCAAGAUGCCCAGGUCUUACCCUACCGAAGACGUGCCUCGGAAGCUGUUGAGCCACGGCAAGAAACCGUUCAGUCAGCACGUGAGGAAACUGCGAGCCAGCAUCACGCCGGGGACCAUCCUGAUCAUCCUCACCGGGCGCCACAGGGGCAAGAGGGUGGUUUUUCUGAAGCAACUCAGCAGUGGUUUGCUGCUUGUGACUGGACCUCUGUCCCUCAAUCGUGUUCCUCUGCGGAGAACACAUCAAAAAUUUGUGAUUGCCACGUCCACCAAAAUUGAUAUCAGCACUGUAAAAAUCCCCAAACACCUCACAGAUGCUUAUUUUAAGAAGAAGAAGCUGCGUAAACCCAGACACCAGGAAGGGGAGAUCUUUGAUACCGAAAAAGAAAAAUAUGAGAUCACAGAGCAGCGCAAGGUGGAUCAGAAAGCUGUGGACUCGCAAAUUCUGCCAAAAAUCAAAGCUGUCCCUCAGCUUCAGGGCUACCUCCGCUCUGUGUUUGCUCUCACGAAUGGGCUUUACCCUCACAAACUGGUGUUCUAAGUGUCUUAUAAAGAACCGGAUUAAAUAACA